GGCGAAAUUGGGCUGCGUGACACUUUCACAUGUUCUGAGACAAAACGCGACAGCUGCAACCAAGUGUAGCGCGUAAAGUGAUGCGGCCCCCGCCAAUACACGUGUGUUGGUUCUAGUAGCUCACUUGAUUCACUUACACGUAUAACGACAAUUAGUAAACGAGGCUGCAUACACACCUGUAAUUCACAAGCCUCGGCCAAAAAGACAGUUAAAUCUACAAUCAUGCCACCGGUAGCAGACAACAGAGAAGAGAGCGAGAAGCAAGCUGCCGCACGUCAGGCAGUCGACAUAUUACACGAAAUUUCCACAAUCCUGAAUUGUCAUCUCGACCGCCGGACGCUUUCAGUCUGCAUCUCCAUGAUCGAACAGGGCGUGAACCCCGAGGCGCUAGCGAACGUCGUGCAAUACUUACGGAAGGAGGCCCAGAAGGUCAACUUCUCCAAACAGGCAGCUGGCACCAACCAGUGACAGGACGAACGUGAAAUGUCAAAAGCCAGAGCAAGUAUGUUUUGCCGCGGUUACCUGCCUUAGAUAGGUAGCUCAUGGGAGGUUGGGUUGACUGGCCAUCUGUCCAUCUAUCUAGUAGUGUGCAUUGAAGCAGGGCGUUGGGCGUUGAAUCACGAUGGAGUAAGGACA